GCUAAGAAACAGGGCGAGGACUUAGCGGAUAAUGACGGUGAUGAAGACGAAGACAUCCGGGACAGUGGAGCCAAGCCGGUGAUGGUGUAUAUCCACGGCGGCUCGUACAUGGAGGGCACGGGGAACAUGAUAGACGGCAGCGUCCUGGCCAGGUUCCUGAGCACGGGGGACCAGGCUGCCAAGGGCAAUUAUGGGCUGCUGGACCAGAUACAGGCAUUGCGCUGGGUCAGUGAGAACAUCGCCUUCUUUGGGGGAGAUCCCUUGCGGAUCACUGUCUUCGGCUCUGGCAUCGGUGCCUCCUGCGUCAGCCUGCUCACCCUCUCACACCACUCUGAAGGUCUCUUCCAGAGAGCCAUCAUCCAGAGUGGCUCCGCACUCUCCAGCUGGGCGGUGAACUACCAGCCCGUGAAGUACACCAGCAUGCUGGCCGACAAGGUGGGCUGCAACGUGCUGGACACGGUGGACAUGGUGGACUGUCUGCGGCAGAAGAGUGCCAAGGAGCUGGUGGAGCAAGACAUCCAGCCAGCUCGCUAUCACGUGGCCUUUGGGCCAGUCAUUGACGGGGAUGUGAUCCCAGAUGACCCGGAGAUCCUGAUGGAGCAGGGCGAGUUCCUCAACUACGAUAUCAUGCUGGGGGUCAACCAGGGUGAGGGACUGAAGUUCGUGGAGGGCGUGGUGGACCCCGAGGAUGGCGUCUCGGGCAGUGACUUUGACUACUCGGUCUCCAACUUUGUAGACAACCUGUAUGGCUACCCCGAGGGCAAGGACACCUUGCGGGAGACCAUCAAGUUCAUGUACACGGACUGGGCUGACAGGGACAACCCAGAGACACGUCGCAAGACUCUGGUGGCCCUCUUCACUGACCACCAGUGGGUAGAGCCGUCGGUGGUGACGGCCGACCUGCAUGCCCGCUACGGCUCCCCCACUUACUUCUAUGCCUUCUACCACCACUGCCAGAGCCUGAUGAAGCCUGCAUGGUCCGACGCGGCCCACGGGGACGAGGUGCCUUACGUGUUCGGGAUCCCCAUGAUUGGCCCAACAGAAAAAAAAAACUUCUCCAAGAACGACGUCAUGCUUAGUGCCGUGGUGAUGACCUACUGGACCAACUUUGCCAAGACAGGGGACCCCAACAAGCCCGUCCCCCAGGACACCAAGUUCAUCCACACCAAGGCCAACCGAUUUGAAGAGGUGGCCUGGUCCAAGUACAACCCCCGUGACCAGCUGUACCUGCACAUCGGGCUGAAGCCACGGGUACGUGACCACUAUCGGGCCACCAAGGUGGCUUUCUGGAAGCACCUGGUCCCCCACCUGUACAACCUGCACGAUAUGUUCCACUACACCUCCACCACCACCAAAGUGCCACCGCCUGACACCACGCAGAACUCCCACAUCACCCGCCGGCCCAACGGCAAAAUCUGGACCACCAAGCGCCCUGCCAUCUCACCCGCGUACAACAGUGAGAACGGGAAGGAGAAGUGGAGCCCAGAGCAGGAGGCGGGCACCCUGCUCGAGAGCCCCCGUGACUACUCCACCGAGCUGAGCGUCACCAUCGCUGUGGGUGCCUCCCUCCUCUUCCUCAACGUGUUGGCCUUCGCUGCCCUCUACUACCGCAAGGACAAGCGCCGGCAGGACACGCACCGGCAGCCCAGCCCCCAGCGUGGUGCCGCCAACGACAUCGCCCACGCGCCUGACGAGGAGAUGCCCUCCUUGCAGGUGAGCCAGGGUCACCAUGAGUGUGAGGCUGUGCCGCCCCACGAUGCCCUGCGCUUGGCCGCUCUGCCUGACUACACUCUCACCUUGCGGCGCUCUCCGGAUGACAUCCCGCUCAUGACCCCCAACACCAUCACCAUGAUCCCCAACUCACUGGUGGGGCUGCAGACCCUGCACCCCUACAACACUUUCACUGCCGGUUUCAACAGCACGGGGCUCCCGCACUCACACUCCACCACCAGGGUAUAG